UAAAUGAGCUAGUCCUCAUACACACGCGCGCUGUCUGGGAAAGCUUGACAAAUCUGUGUUCGACUUGCGGCAGGUGUUGUUCUGAAUAUUGUAAGUUAGGAAAUAAUUAGCCAGCAGACAGACUAAUUACGUCUUAAUCGCCUUGGAACAAGUUCAAGCGGUUUGUCUAACAUUACUCAUCAAAUCCAGCACUUCAGACAGCUGCGUGACUGACUGGCUGGCUAGUGAUACGUGAACUUUUUCAAACGGAUCGAUAUUAUACGUGACCGCGUGUGAGCCCACCUCCAUGUCCGGUGCCGUGGUGAUGGAGGCGUCGGCGGGGGACGCCAGCUACCUGCAGUCGUGCGGAGCGGGAGACACCGCAGCAUCCCUGGAGGACGUUACCGCGGAGACCGCAGCCAACGAGUCGUCAGAGGAGGAGUCGGCCUGCGAGAGAGAGGAGGAGACCAGUGAACAACACACCGCACACACACAAGCCACCGCCGUGCGGCCCAUCUCCCUGGCGGUUACCGCGGCGACGGACACGGGCCUGUGGACCACGCGCGGCGACGGGGAGGUCAAGCUGCGGAUGUCCGAGUCGGGCCCGGGGGCCGAGCCGGCGCUGACCGUGCACCAGAUGUUCCGCAACUCCGUGGAGCGUUUCGGAAGCUACACCGCCCUCGGCUGGAAGGAGGCGGAUCAGUGGAAGACCAUCAACUACCGGGAGUACUACCAAAGCUGCCGCAUCGCCGCCAAGAGCUUCCUCAAGCUUGGCCUGGAGCGCUAUCAUGGGGUCGGCAUCCUCGGCUUCAACUCAGCUGAGUGGUUCAUCGCGGACAUCGGAGCCAUCCUGGCAGGUGGGUUUGCCGUGGGCAUCUACACGACCAACUCUGCGGAGGCGUGCCAGUACGUGGCGGAGAACUGCCAGGCCAACAUCCUGGUGGUGGAGAACCACAAGCAGCUGCAGAAGAUCCAGCAGAUUCAGGACCAGCUCCCCCAUCUGAAGGCCAUCAUCCAGUACAAAGACGAGCUGAAAGAGAAGAGGCCCAACCUCUACACGUGGGCGGAGUUCAUGGCGCUGGGGAAGGACGAGGCGGACGAGCAGCUGGACGCCAUCGUGUCGUCCCAGAAGCCCAACCAGUGCUGCACGCUCAUCUACACCUCCGGCACCACCGGCCAGCCCAAGGGAGUCAUGCUCAGCCACGACAACCUGACGUGGACAGCGUUCGCCACGGGCACGAACGUGCGUCUGGCGGACGCAGACAAGUCUCAGGAGGUGGUGGUCAGCUACCUGCCGCUCAGCCACAUCGCCGCACAGAUGAUCGACAUCUGGCUCACCAUCAAGAUCGGCGGGGCCACCUACUUUGCCCAACCGGACGCGCUGAAGGGCUCUCUGGUGAACACGUUGCGUGAGGUGCGCCCCACGGCGUUCAUGGGAGUUCCGCGGGUCUGGGAGAAGAUGCAGGAGAAGAUGAAGUCCGUCGGCGCCAAGUCGUCCACGGUGGUGCGCAGGAAGGUGGCGUCCUGGGCCAAGGAGGUGGGCCUGCAGACCAACCUCAGCAAGAUGGAGCGUAACGGCGCGGUGGCCAGGAAGCCGCUGAACUACCGCGUGGCCAAGAAGCUGGUGUUCCGGAAGGUGCGUAAGGCGCUGGGAUUGGACCGCUGCACCAAGUGCUACACGGGGGCCGCGCCCAUCACCAAGGAUACGCUCGAGUUCUUCCUGAGUCUGGACAUCCCGCUCUACGAGCUCUACGGCAUGAGCGAGAGUACCGGACCACACACCAUCUCACUGCCCGGAGCCUUCCGCCUCACCAGCUGUGGGAAGGUGAUCCCCGGCUGUGAGACGCGGAUCUUUAAGCCAGACGAGGAGGGCAACGGGGAGAUCUGCUUCUGGGGGCGGCACGUCUUUAUGGGGUACCUCAACAUGGCCGACAAGACGCAGGAGGCGCUGGACCACGAGGGCUGGCUGCACUCAGGGGACCUGGGCAAGCACGACGCACAGGACUUCCUCUUCAUCACCGGACGCAUCAAAGAGCUGAUCAUCACAGCUGGAGGGGAGAACAUCCCGCCGGUGCCCACUGAGGACGCGCUGAAGGAGGCCGUGCCGCUGCUUAGCAACGCCAUGCUCAUCGGAGACAAGAGGAAGUUCCUCUCCAUGCUGCUCACCAUUAAGUGUGAGGUGAACUCUGAGACGGGCGCUCCGGAGGACGAGUUGACGGCGGAGGCGCGGGAGUGGUGUCGUGCGCUGGGCAGCAGCAGCACGCGUGUGUCGGACAUCGCCGGGGGCAACGACCGCCUGGUGCACGCCGCCAUCCAGGAGGCCGUCACACGCCUCAACCAGCGCGCCGCAUCCAACGCCCAGCGCGUCCAGAAGUGGACCGUCCUGGACCACGACUUCUCCAUCACCGGCGGGGAGCUGGGUCCCACUAUGAAGCUGAAGAGGCCAGUAGUCAUGAAGAUGUACAAAGAGCAGAUUGAGAACUUUUACAAAGAGGUUCCAAGCCCCACCACCCCCGACGCCCCUCUGCCUUCCAAAUAAACACACACACACAGGCACGGCUCAAUCGGAGCAGGACACACACACACACACACACACACACACACACACACACACACACACACACACACACACACACACACACACACACACACGCUCACACACACGCUCACGCUCAUCCUCAGGCACGCAGUUUAAAUCAUACACACUGAUCUCUCAUGCACUCUAGCGAUCCUGUUCUCCUGUCCCUGUUCUCUGGUGUGUGUGUGUGUGUUGGUGGGUGUGUGUGUGUGGGUCAGUUUGGGCUCUUCUUUGUCUUUGGGCUUUGUUUACAUUUGUGUAGCGUGAUUUGUAUGUGAAGAACAUAAGUCAUAAGCCAUUCGUGAAAUAUCUAUAUUCCAAAAAAAAAAACGAGGAAUUGUCUGUCAGGUUAAUUUGACUGUUUAUUUAUUGUUAUUAUUGUGAUGAAGUACAAUAGUACGAUUGGAUGAAGUGAGCCAUAUCAUUGAGAUUUUCUCUUUUUUUUAAUGUAAUGAGCAGGACAAAUUGCAUGAAAUCCAAAGCUAUAAGGACCUAAUAGAGAUUUGAGGAUACUGAUAGAAAUGUUGAUAUCGCAUAUUUAUUGUUUACAUUUAGCCACGUGUUCUCUUUAAGAUGUAUACAUACAUAGGACAUUUAUUUGGCCAAAUGUUGACAGAAUUGAUGCCACAUGCCUUGGAGAGGAGCAGAGGGGGAAUAUUUCCUCCGUUGCUCUCGACACUACCGUGCGAAGUGAAGUCCACUGCUCCUCAACACAAACCACACAUGGGGGAAAAACGGGGAAUUUGUUAAUUUUUUUUUUUUUUUGCGUUUUGUUUGUGUUCUGCGUUUUUGUUCUGUUUUGAUUUCCUUUCGUGUUCUGGUUUGGUUGUUCUACUGACGGCCCUGGGGGAACUCCAGGUACCGGUCAAGUGCAGGCGCCAGCCGAUUGGUCAGCACUCGCGCCAAUCAGCUUUGAGGGCAGAGGUGGUGCGCUGCACUGGAGCGACCCGUAAGCCAGAUCCUCUAAGCCAUAAAGGACUCUUAUGGGUUUAUCGUCGUCGUCAUUAUUAUUAUUAUGCAAAGUGAAGCCAAUUGCUGGAGCCAGAGAUGCUCACCCUGUGUGCAGCCGGUGUGAUGAGCCUCAUGUAAGCUUUCUUUUGUAAAUAUUGUAAUUUUCUCCUGUUUAAAUAUGUUUUGCAUACCAAUCUGUGCUCUCUUGUGAUCUCAUUGGAGUCCUGCCCUGUCUGAGGGGGGACACAGGCGGCGUGCCGUGCCUACUAUGCCACCCCAAGCUGGCACACUAGUACCCGCCUGCACACCUACUCUACGAUCGAUCCCAAGCUGGCACACUAGUACCCGCCUGCAUGCCAUUCAUACGUGUCGCAUUGUUAUUGUGUCUCUGACAAUCCUGGCUGGAGUGGUGGCAGAGUGGCAUUCUAAAAGGGCGGUCCUUUUGGAGUAUGAAAAUGCCCUCGUGGUGCCGUGAAGGGAGAGAAUGUCUGGCGUGCGUUCGACUCCCCAGUUGAAUGCAGAUCUGUAAUGUGAACGCUCUUGGAGGUGCAUUAAAUGCAGUUAUCGGUUCAUACCGAUACAAUCUAGACUAGGUGACGUAGGCGCCAGUUCAGAUUACUUCUGGAUGUUUGGUAAUGUUAGAACAUCUGGACUUUUGUGAAUAGUGAACGGUUAAGAACUGUGUUUGCCACUGAGGCGUAAUGAAGCUGAGUUCAUAAUUUUUUGCCAUUUCAAAGAUCUGGUCCCGUGUCUGGGUCUGCCGUUAUUUAUUUCCAUCAAAUGAAGUGUCUGCUAAAGUGAGCCGCGUCGUAGUCUCCAUCCAAAGAGAAGUGUGGGAUGUCGUCACUAGACAGACGUGGUGUAGUGUGGCGAGAGGCCAUCCAUUGAGAAAGACUAGAGGUGUAUAUAGUUAGUUAACCUUACAGAAGUGUAAAAUGGCACUCGGCUGGAGCUCUGAUGAAUGUGGAUAUGAAGGUGACGGAUCUCGCAGGAUUAAAAUUAAUUCUGUAAUUAAUUAAACAUGAUUUUACUGACUCCAUUCAUCUGAUGGCUUUUGUGUUUUAAAAGAACACACACAUAUACACUGACGGACUAUCGUACAUAUUUACCGUCCAUAAACCAUCUCCAAAUAUGAACAUGUUUGCCAUCCUGUGCCAGUUAUUUUUACCUGAAACAGGCCACUGGGCCCGACAAACGUGUCUUUCCACUCGGACAAAUCGGACCGUCUGCAAGGACACACUCACCUGACCGCAGACAGACGAGCUGACCAACACCUGCGUGGUGUGUGUGUAGAGUGUUUGUGCAUGUCAUUGUUUGUCCCCAAGCCCUCCUGGCUUUAUGUGGAGUCACUCAACCUGAGGGUGAGUGUGUGUGUGUGUGUGUGUCUAUAUUCAGACUGGAUGCAUGAGUGUGCUGCUCAGAUACAAAAAUAAAUCUGAUUCAUCCUGA